CGGCAGUUGCGUGUGUUUGCAGGCCUACACCAUAGACUGUAUAAAAACAGGCCUACACUCAGCGACUACAGCACUUGGGGAAGAGCAAUGAAUUCAUUAGAACAAGCCGAAGACCUGAAGGCUUUUGAGAGGAGACUGACGGAGUAUGUGUCUUGUUUGCAGCCAGCUACAGGUCGUUGGCGCAUGAUUCUGAUCGUGGUGUCUGUGUGCACAGCCACAGGCGCCUGGAACUGGCUAAUAGAUCCAGACACUCAGAAAGUUUCUUUCUUCUCAUCUUUAUGGAAUCAUCCAUUUUUCACAAUCAGCUGUGUGACUCUGAUUGGCCUUUUCUUUGCUGGAAUACACAAACGAGUUGUCGCACCAUCUAUUAUUGCGGCACGCUGUCGGACAGUACUAGCAGAAUAUAACAUGUCCUGUGAUGAUACGGGGAAACUUAUCCUGAAACCACGGCCUCAUAUCCAAUAGCGCCUUGAAAAGACAGAAGUGGAGAGUAUUUCAUAUCAUCAUAUUAUUCAUCAAGAUUGCACAUAGGCCUCAAUGCCGGGACAUUAUCCAUAAGUGUGUGAAGGUCGACCUCCCAAAUAGGACUCUAACUUCCCUCUGCAAUUUAUGAAGAAGCAAUGGGAGCUCAAACGGAAAUUUUGAAGAAAAACAUUGGUUCUUCUAUUUUUAGAUAACAUCCUUAUAUUUCUGUUGGAAAAUUUGAGUUUUAUUUGAUUGUGGAUUUUGAUAUCCUCAUUUGUAAAGCUGUUGUCCUAUUUUAGAUGCAUACGGUGUAUGUAUUUUUAAGUAAAUUGCUGAACACAUAAUAUUAAAAUGUAGAUAUUUGUUCACAUUAAGCUGACCUUUAUAUAUGUAGGCAACAUUUGUAGAAUGUCAAUGCCUAUGACAUGAUGUGCUGCUUUUUGUUGUUUUUAAAAAGUACUUUUAUGUGACCAAAGGCUGCACUAGAUGUUAAACAUAUAAGGGAAACAGGCAAAUGCAUCUUUAAUGAGUGUCAUGUUUGGCUGAGAUUUUAUUUGCUUUCACUCCAGAGUCAAAGUCUACAAGAAAAUCUUUAAAUGAGCUGUGUUGGCAAUAAUAAAAGGUGUUUGUUGUACAGUGUUUGUUGCUAUUAUUAUUAUUGUCUCUUAACCUGAAAACCAGUUAACAAGACAGAUAAUGUGUCUGCUUAUCAAAUUCCUAUAGCCCAAAUAGUACAGUAUGGUGCUAGCAAUACAAAGGUCAUGGUGGGUUCUGUUUCCAUGCAAUGCAUGUAAUGAUGAAAUGUAUAACUUGAAUGUAAGUCGCUUUGAAUAAAAGUGACUACCAAAUGCAUAAAUGUGAAGGUAUUAUGCCAAAUUUACACUGCAAGUGUGCUCCUAAAGUGUCAUUUUUUUUAGCUGUCUUUACACAGACUAUUGCUGCUCAAAGGUGGUAUAAAUGCAUGUACGCGACAAUUACAACUGUAUAUUUUGAUACUGAGGGCUAAGGUGGGUCUGGCUUUUAGGCAGCAUAUCCGCGAAU